AGGAGGAGGCUUCACAGUUAUAUACUUGUCCCUCUCGGUCCCCGUGGCCUCGGACCAGCACGGCCAUGGCUGAGGGCCAGAAACGAUGGGGCUUCAAGAAAUUCAAGUUAUUCAAAUUCAAAGGCUUUGGGAGCCUGAGCAGCAUCCCCCGCUCCUUCACCUUGCGGCGUGUCUCUGUGGUCCCCAGCUCUGCCGACAGCCUCGGGCCACAUCUCCCACCUCCCCACGGCUUCCUGGGAGAGCCCUUUGACAGCACCCAGGAUGAUCUCAACACCGUGCCCAAGAGCCCUGGCGCCUACGCCCAGUCAUCGAACAUGUACUCCCACAUGGGCACCAUGCCCAGGGUAAAUCUGGGCAAGGGAGGGAAGAACCUGGGCAAAGACAAGGGUAGCCAGAACUGCUGGGAGAAAGGGAGUUCCAACAACAAAACCCCCCAGACAGCCCCGCUUCCCAGCCUCAAGGGCCUUGAGAUGUCCAGCACCCCUGGCCCAGGCACAGACUCAUCGUCAGCUGCUGGACAAGCAGAGCAGGAGGAGGAAGAAGCUGAACUUGGGGACAUCCUGGAGGCAGCAAUGGCCAGGACAGACCAGGAGCCUGUGGGAAAUGGCUCCUGCCCUAGCACAGAGGCACCAAGCUCCAGCCUGGCUCCCAACCCCAGCCAAACCACAAGCCCUGACGCAGCAGCUGCAGCAGAGAGCACUGACGGGGAUCUGCUGGAAAAGGGACAAGAGCAUCCUGACAAGAUCUCCCCAGACAGCCACCACGAUGGCCUGGAGUCUGGCAGUGAAUACGUGAAGUUCUCCAAGGAGAAAUACAUCCUCGACUCAUCACCAGAAAAGCUUCACAAGGAGCUGGAAGAGGAGCUGAAGCUGAGCAGCACUGACCUGCGCAGCCAUGCUUGGUACCACGGCCGCAUCCCCCGGGAGGUGUCCGAGAGCCUCGUGCAGAGGAAUGGCGACUUCCUCAUCCGUGACUCUCUCACCAGCCUGGGUGACUAUGUGCUGACGUGCCGCUGGCGCAACGAGCCGCUGCACUUCAAGAUCAACAAGGUGACAGUCAAGUCCAGCGAUGGCCGUACCCACGUGCAGUACCUCUUCGAGCAGGAGAGCUUUGAUAACGUGCCUGCCCUUGUCCGCUUCUACGUGGGCAACCGCAAGGCCAUCUCGGAGCAGAGCGGGGCCAUCAUCUACUGCCCCAUCAACCGCACUUUCCCCCUGCGUUACCUGGAAGCCAGCUAUGGGCUGGCCAACGGGAAGCACGGCGGGGCCCACAGCCCCUCCACCCAGAAAGGGGGGCACAUCAAGAGGAGGAGCAUCACCAUGACAGACGGCCUGACCGCAGACAAGAUCACCAGGGCUGAGGGGUGCCCGACCAGCGUGUCCCUGCCCCACCACAGAGAUAUCAUUCGCAACUGUGCUGUCAGCGUGGACCAGAUCCAAGACCUGCACUCCCCAAUGUCCCCCAUCUCUGAGAACCCAGCAUCACCUGCUUACAGUACAGUCACACGGCUAAAGCCACACGCCUGCCAAGCAUCUGGAAUCACCCCGGCCUCUCCGGUCAUAAGAAGGUCCAGCGAACCCCAACUGUGCCAUGGGAACAACAGCAAACCUCUUCCAGACCCUGCCCACAGCUCCCAUUCGACUCCCUGCCAUGGGUACGCCCGUGCCUCCCCCUCUCCCUCCGUGAACAGCUACAGCGACCCGGACACGGGGCACUACUGCCAGCUGCACCCCACCUCGCCCAUCUGCAGGGACCGGCCAGCCCACGACAGCAAGCAGCUACCAGCAAAGAGCUACGUGGACAGGCUAAAGGUGGAGGAAGGACAGAGAGGGACUGUGGAGAACAGCUCUGGGGAAGCAGAGGCAGGGCAGAGGCUGAAAGCAGAGCUGGACUACGUGGGCUUUGUGCCCCCCACCAUGGAAAAAACCUCCUCCUUCAACCCUGCUGCCUUCCAGUCACUGCUCAUCCCCUUGGAUAACAAACCUCUGGAGAUGACUGUGCUAAAGAAGGUCAAAGAGCUGCUGGCAGAGUCGGACGUGAAGACACUGGCCAAACACAUCACCAAAGUGGACUGCCUGGUUGCCCGGAUAUUGGGUGUGACAGUGGAGAUGCAGCGGCUCAUGGGGGUGAGCUCUGGCAUGGAGCUGCUCACCCUUCCCCACGGCCACCAGCUCCGCCUGGACCUGCUGGAACGGUUUCACACCAUGUCCAUCAUGAUCGCUGUGGAUAUCUUGGGCUGCACAGGCAGCACGGAGGAGCGGGCAGCCCUACUCCACAAAACCAUCCAGCUGGCUGCCGAGCUGAAGAGCACCAUGGGGAACAUGUUCAGUUUUGCAGCUGUAAUGAGCGCCCUGGAAAUGACACAGAUCGCCCGGCUGGAGCAGACCUGGAUGGUGCUGCGGCAGCGGCACACAGAGGGUGCAAUCCUCUAUGAGAAGAAGCUUAAGCCAUUCCUGAAGAGCCUGAAUGAAGGGAAAGAAGGGCCACCACUGACCAACACCACGUUUCCCCACAUCAUCCCCCUUGUGACUCUCCUGGAGCGGGAUGAGGCUCUGACGGAAAGCCCCGAGCCCUGGGAGGCCACCGACAACGGCGUGGAGGUGGUCAUGGCCCACCUGGAGGCAGCACGGAUGGUGGCUCACCAUGGUGGGCUCUACCAUACCAAUGCUGAGGUGAAGCUGCAGGGUUUCCAGGGCAAAGCGGAGCUGCUGGAAGUGUUCAGCACUGAGUUCCAGCUGCGGCUGCUCUGGGGCAGCCGUGGGGCUGAGAGCAGCCAGGCUGAGCGCUACGAGAAGUUCGACAAGGUCCUCACUGCCCUGUCCCACAAGCUGGAGCCAGCGGUGCGCUUCAGUGAGCUGUAAACCCCCCAGGCACUCGGAGACCCCCAGCUCCCAGCCUGCAUCCCACCAGCGGCUGUGGGGCAAGGGACCGGACCAGGCAGCCAGCGUCAGGAGGAGGAGAAAUGGCCCAGAAAGGCACUGAGGCACAGGUUGGCAGUUUUGAGACAAAGGAGGAAGAGCAGCCACCUCAAAUCUGCCAUCCACCUCUUCAGGACACAACAAGCCAGGGGUCCACACUGCUACUCUGAAGAGUGGGGACAGUGUCUGGGCAGGCCAGCACAGGCCUCCACACCCAGCCCUACUGAGGUCCAUGACUACGUGGUGCCCCUCACCUCACCCUUUGGUAUUGUUUUUUCCCAUCUCCAUCUUGCCCACAGCUGCUGGAUCCCAUGUGUAAAUAUAUUUUCACAAUUACUGCUUGAUGUACAGACUUGUGAAGGACGGUUCUUGUUGUAAAUAAUUAGGUUUAUUCAUUUUGUCAUGUAAAUACAUGUACAUAUUUCAUGGGUUUAGUUGUUACAUGCAAUAAACUUUUAUCCCGUUCCUCGAGGGGACCCCCUGUCCUUUGGGUGUCCUUUAAAGGAGUUCCCUGGGGGAGCAGAGCAUGGGGGUGGCUGACGGGAGGAACCAACACGCUGAACUGAAUCUCACCUGGCCCCAGACCCCGUGGUGGCCCACUGACAGCCCUUCUGAGGUGGGCUGUGCGGUGUGACAGAAUCACAGAAUGGUUCAGGCUGGAAGGGACCACAGUGGAUCAUCUGGUCCCACCUCUGUGUGCACUCCACGCCCUCUCUAGACAAUCUGUUCGAGUUCAUGGUCACUGCACAGUAAAGAACUUUUCACCUGUGUUCAGGAACUUCCUGGGCAUCAGCUUCUACCCAUUGCCUCUUGUCCUCAGCACCACUGAGCAGAGCCUGGUCCAUCUUCUUGGCAACCCCCUUAGAGAUAGAUAGAU